AUGGCUUCAACCAAUGCAUCUGGCGUGCUUGGCCAAUCCCAGGGACUUUUGCAGUCUCUCCAACAACAUGCGACAUCGCCCAUCAUCACAUGGCUAUUGCUACCACUGCUAGGCGUAGCUUUCUUCCGCCAUGUACUCAGACCAAAAGCAAACGAGCCUCCGAGCUUGCCGGGCCUCAUUCCCUAUGUCUCGAACACAUAUCAGUACAUCACAGACAACAGCAGAUUCCUCGAGCGCGCAACCGAAGCAUUAAAGAAAAGCAGCGUCGUGAAGUUCAACCUCGGUGCCGACACUGUGUAUCUAGUUGCAGGGUCUCACAAUGUGCAAAAGCUGUUUCGCAACAGCUCUAACAACACGCUUAGCUCGGACAAGUUCAUCGUCAUGGUCAAUGGCCGGGUGCAGGGGAUGACCGACGAGGACGUGACGGUGAUGUACAACGACAGAUCUGGUCGUCUGAAGACACCAGCCGCCGGCACUGAGAGCAUGCCUGAGAAUCAGAGAUUCUGGGUUGACUUGCAUCACGUUUUCAACGAGCAUCUUUUUCGCGCCGAGGCUACCACAAGGUUAGCAGAGUCAUUCAUCACUUUCUUCGGCGAGAAACUCGACCAGCAGCCGCGUGAUGAGUGGAAAACCUUGCAACUGUUCAAAUAUCUCAAAAAAGAUAUGGCAGAAGCUGCGACAAUAGCACUUGCAGGGCGAAAACUGAUUGAGGAUCAUCCGGAAUUCGUCGACAUGUUUUGGGAAUUCGAUACGAUCGCGAUGCAGCUCAUGUACGGCCUUCCAACUUGGAUCAAUCCCCGGCCGAAACAGAUUCAGCGCAAGACUCUCUCCAUGAUGUCGGAUUUCGUGACGGACGCGUGGACGAAGUUCGACUGGAACGGACCGGAUGCUGAUGCGGACUGGGAACCGAUUUUUGGCUCGAGACUCCAACGUGAACAUACGAGAUUUUGGCAGAAGAAGGGAUUCUCUCUUCAGUCGCGUGCUGGGAUGUACAUAGGAAGUAUUACAGGUAUUAACUCAAACUCCGUUCCCCAGACAGCUUGGGCCGUUAUGGAAGUCAUCAAAGACCGGGCGCUCUUCCAGGCAGUCCGCCAUGAAGUCGACGCGGUUACCAUUACGGAUCCUAAGACAGGAAAGCCGACUUUUGACGUGGGAAAGCUUGUUACCCUCCCCUUGCUUCAGUCCAUCUAUGUUGAAACACUGCGAAUGCAUGUGUCCAUCAAUAUCACCCGAGAAGUCAUGGAGCCCAUGGAAUUAGAUGGCUAUCAUCUUAGUAAAGGCUCUCUGAUCCAAGCACCGACGCAGAUUGGUCACCGUGAAGACUCGGUCUGGGGUGUCGAGGGGCACCCUGCCUCGGAAUUCUGGGCGGAACGUCACAUCAAGCACGUCGAGAAGGAGGAUGAAAAUGGCAAAGCCCAGAAAAUCAAGGAAUUUUCCAUGGCUGGAAGACCGAGCGACUUCUUCCCCUACGGUGGUGGUGUGUCCAUGUGUCCGGGGCGUUUCUUUGCCAAGCAGGAGAUAAUGCUGGCCGUCGCCAUGAUUGCGUCUCGUUUUGAUAUCGAAUUUGAAGAUUGGGUCUACUUUGAUGGGUCGCACUCCGAGACACCGCCUGAGAAUGACAAGGCGUAUGUUGGAGCGGGAGCUGUACCGCCGAACAGAGACAUGCGGAUACGCUGGAAGAGACGUUCGUAA